UGUGCCAAUUUAGAACAUGCAUCGUUGAUUAAACAAAUUGAUUAUGAAACUGUGACCACUUUUGAACGUCAGUUUGUUGAUGCCAUCAAGACAUUAUGGGAGGAUGAUGGAAUUCAAGAAUGUUAUGACAGACGGAGAGAGUACCAACUUACUGAUUCUGCCAAAUAUUAUCUGGAUAGUGUCAAUCGAAUAGCGGAGCCAGAUUACUUACCCUCACUACAGGAUAUUUUGCGUGUAAGAGUCCCAACUACUGGUAUCAUUGAAUAUCCUUUUGAUCUUGAUAGUAUAAUAUUCAGAAUGGUUGAUGUUGGGGGCCAAAGAUCUGAAAGACGGAAAUGGAUUCACUGUUUUGAAAAUGUCACGUCCAUUAUGUUUUUAGUCGCCUUAAGUGAAUAUGAUCAAGUAUUGGUAGAAUCCGACAAUGAGAACCGAAUGGAAGAAUCAAAAGCCUUGUUCCGAACAAUUAUCACAUACCCAUGGUUCCAAAACUCGUCAGUCAUUCUUUUCUUGAAUAAGAAAGAUUUAUUAGAAGAGAAAAUUAUGCACUCACACCUAGUAGACUAUUUUCCCGAGUUUGAUGGUCCAAAGAGGGACGCUGGCUUAGCAAGAGAAUUCAUUCUAAAAAUGUUUGUAGAACUUAACCCAGAUCCAGAUAAAAUAAUCUACUCACAUUUUACAUGCGCUACAGAUACAGAAAACAUCCGUUUUGUGUUUGCAGCAGUUAAGGAUACUAUCUUACAGUUAAAUUUAAAGGAAUAUAAUCUGGUGUGAAAAGAGUAAUACCUGGGGCAGCAUCCAUGUCGGCAAUUAAUGUAUUUAUUUGUGAAAGUGUCCUUGGUACCGAACUCAUGCAUUGAUUACUGUGGUUCCCAAAUCUGAUUGUUAUGGAAAAAUCUGGGCACCACAUCAAAUCUGUUAAAAACACAUCUAUCAAGCCUCACUUUCCAUUGUUCAUUGCGUGUAUCUACAUACAAAAUAUUUCAUGUAAUAUGAUUGCUAAAGUUGACUGAUUAUAUAUAUAUAUAUAUAUAUAUAUAUAUAUAUAUAUAUAUAUAUAUAUUGUUUGGACUCGUUUCUCAAUAUGUGUACAGGUGCACAAUCUGUCCUACCUGAUGAUGUCAUAUUGAUCAACAGUUUAAAUGGCCAUUAUUUGAACCUACUAUCAGCUACACUUGAUGGAUGUCUCCAUCAUCUGAAUGUGAUGCAUUGUGACAAGAUAACAUAAAACAACAAAACUCUUUUUAACAAACUCUUUAUAUUUUACGUAUGGCAUUACCUAAACUGGUCACACAUCAACACUGGAAGUUAGUUACCAAUGUCUGCUAAUAUUUAUGUUGAAAAAAACAUCAUUGAAACCGGGUUUUGUGCAGCAAGGUGUGGAAAUAAUUAUCUUCAUGUAUUUAAUACGGUGCAAUUCUACAUGAUUUUUUUAGUAUGGAAAUUUGGUGGUGAUGCAAAGUCCUGUGUGUCCUAGUGACUUCUGUAAACAGAAAAUAGAACACUGUGUAUUUGGGAUUUGAACCCAUUGGACUUCUCCGUGGGUAAUUGUGUGAUUUUUUUGUUUAUUUAUCAUGGUAUAAGUUGUUGUAAUGUUUAUAUUAGUCAAAGCAACUAUGUACAUAGUAGAGAAUUGUGGGCAUUUUUUAUGCCUAAGACUGGUCUUAUUUGACCAUCUAUUUUCUCAUUGUGGCCAUGUACAUGUCUAUAACUUUAACAUGAACAAUGAAUUUUGCAUAAAGAAACACAGCAUGAUUAUUGAUGGUGUAAAAAUAAUUACUUUUUUUUUUGUGUACUACAAAUUUUUGUAUAGCAGGUUUUUGUAUGAAACAAUUGUUGUUUCACAUAAAGUAACUGCAUACUUUUUGAUACAUGUAGCUAAGAUUCUACAUAUAGGGUCUAUUGUAGUCAGCUAAUAUUUUAAUGGGAUAUAAUUACUGGUGGUAUGAAUGUGAUAAAUAGUAUAUUUAAUUCAAUAUGUACAUAUAUUCUACACCUUGGACAGUUCUACCCCUCUCCCCCUCCCCAUCCUCUGUAAAAAAUAACAUUGAGAACACUGUAUUGUGUUAGUUAUAUUGCUCAUGUCAGCACAAUCAAUAUUUAUAGAUUACACUUUAAUUGUCUAGUCCUAUUGAAUGAAAAGAAGGAUUCCUACUCUGAAAUGUGUACCCACAUUGUUUAUGCAUUGUUGAUGUUAUUAUUGUCACUGUAAUGGAAUUUUGAGCUUUUAGGCUUUAUUAUUAUACCUGAGUUUUUAUAAUCUGAUUAAAAUACAGGGCCCUUAUUCACGAAAACUUAAACUAAGAUACAAUCGAAAUUUUAAAAAAUACUGCAAUUCGAUUGGCUGACCAGUAAAAUCAAUUUGCAUAUAUCCAAUGAAGUUGCAGUAUUUCUUAAAAUUUUGGUUGUAACUUAAUUUAAGUUUUCGUGAAUAAGGGCCCUGAUCUAUAUUUCGUUUCGUUUUUUUAUACUUUCGAUGGCCUACACUACAUGAAGAUCUGACAAGUUAUAGCGAUAGGUCACGUCAGGGGUCAAAAGACUUACUUAUGACCCUAUGAUGUCAGACAUUUGAUUAACCAAUCAGCAUUGAUGUUACUAGUGGAUUACCCACAGUUCGGUGCAAAACACGCCGUAACAGACCGUUUCAUUGGCUUAUCCCUGACACCAUUCAGAACACGAGUUAAAUAACAACUCUUCCAGAUCCAAGUGUAGUAAAGACAAGUAAAACGAAAUUUUGAACUAUAAAAGCGAAACGAAAUAGGAUCUGUGUUUUAACCAGAUUGGAGUUUUUACUUCUAAUGUAUUAUUGAACAAAUAAAUUUAUCAGUAUAUUUUAACAUAAACUAAAAUGGCUCUACAGUAACAGGUUAGAAUGUUGAGGGCUGUUAUUUGAAUGUCAACUAAAACAAUCAUGAACUAGAUUUAUAUUAAAAGAUGUUAUUUUUUGUUGUAAAGUAUUUCAAUAUUUUGUGCAAUAAUAUUUGUAAUACUCAUUUAUUUAAUUUCUGGGUAUAGAAACUAGCUCAACAUCUGCUCUAUGUGUUACUGAAACGAUAAAUAUGUGAACAUAAGCUCUGUAAAAGCAGGUAUCAGAUAUUGUAUGGUGUGAAACACUUGAUCCAUGAAACUUGAUUGAAAUAACUUUGAAUCUAGUUCAAUAACUUAUUUGUAUAUUGUAACAGCCCUGAACAUUAUGGUUGAUAAUAAAGUAGAUUAUUUAAAGUGUGUAUGUGUGGUAAGAUAAAUGUGGUAUUGUAUGAUAUAUCAGGUGUAUGUGAUUGAAACCCUAACAUGUGCAAUAUAACACCUGUUGGUUGUUGAUUUCAUGUCCUUUAUAAUAGUUUACAAUCUUAUAAAAACACAAUUUUUAACCAAUGUUAAUGUGGAAUCAAACAGAAAGUUAUAGAUCUGAAUGGUAUAUACAUAUAAGAGAGAUUAUGUUGAUAUAAACAAGAUUGUAUACUAUAGUAAGACAUAUUGUUAUCAUUCUGUAAUUUGACAUAAUAAUUUACAAUUGUCACUUGUCUUAAUUUCUACUCUUAUACAUAUAAUCACUUCUUUUAUGAAUGUUCUUGAAACUGCUUAUAAUAAUCAUUAUCUACCAAUAGGCACUGCCAACUAUUUCUUUCUUAUUUCCAAUUUGAAAAAAUUGUCUCAUUUUCUAUCCAUCAUAUGAAUUCAUGAUAAUUUGCUGAUAAGAAAGGGCGAUUAACUAUUAGUGUACAUGUUUGUGUAGUAUAUCAACCUGUCUUUAAUUCACUAUGUUGUGUAUGUAAAAUUAAAGGGAUGGCUAUUAUUAACAUGUAUAUCAUAAGUAGGGUGAAAACCAAAUAAAUUAUAAAUGUGAAAACAUUGAAAUGCAGGUUGUCAAUUGCAUUAAAUGAAAGAUUGUGAAAAUGUUGGUAUUAAUAUUGGAUAUGUUGAUUAAAGGGUGGGGUAGAGGGAUUACCAUAGAAAUCCAUGAUUUCUUAACAGUUACAUGUAUAACAAUACUUAUAAUUAUCUGGCAGUGGUUGAAAUUUUUGAUUUGCUCAAGUAAAGGUGAUCCUUCCCACACAGUUGGGGUAGGAAAAUCUUAACAGGUGGGGGGACUUUAAAACUUGCUUGGCUGCCAAUCUGACAAAAUGUUAUAAGGUAGUUUAACAGGUUUUAGUCUAAUCUCAGUUUUUUUUUUUAUUGUUAUGUUACAUGUUCAGUGUUUAAAAUGUUAUCUACCACCAGGCUUCAAUCAAACAUAUUAUUUAAAACUGAGGCUUAAAAUAACAGAUUCGGUUAUUUUUCUUUUAAACAGUAAUCUUCUUUUUUAGAGCCACAUUGAAAACAACUAUUAUUUUACAGGCAUUCAAGUUAAAAGAAUAUUUUCUUUAUUAAAAUGUCUUUUUAAGAAUAUGCCAUGGAUUAAUGUAUCAUUAUUUGCUAAGUAUUUUCUUAAAACUGGACCGAUUCUCUUGAAAUGUGAAAUUAUCAUCUGAAAGAAUCAGAAGGAUAGAUUAACCUGGGUUUUGUCAUUACUAUAUUGAGUUUACUAUUUGAAAAAGACCUGCACAACUCACCAUUCUUAUUUAUAUCAUCAACAUUAUGUUGUGAAGAUGGUUUCUGAUUGAAAGAGACUAUUGUUUCCACGUGGAAACCAGUAUAAUUUAUCUAUUUGAAGAAUUAUGUUUGUUAAAAUAUCAAACACAAUUUUCAGUAAAUUUAUCAAAUGGAGUUUUCAAACAUUUUAACUUGUAAAAUAUAUAUAAAGUUUAUAUAUUUAUGAUAGUGCUUUGAUGUAUAUACUCCAAUCUGAUAUGUUUUGAUCAAAAAUUCUCUUUGAUUACAAAGAGCAAAUUCCUGUUGAAUCAAUAGUAACAAUUUCCACAAAUGGUGAAUUUCUCAUCAUAUGAAUUUUUAAACAUUAAAUUGAUAAAAUUUUGAUGAAUUUUAUUAUUAUACUUUUAUACCAAACAGCCCUUUUAAGUCAUCCAUUCUUCAUAAUGUUUAAAAAGUUUUUAAAUGUGAACCUUAGAGCAAGACACCAAAAUCAUUCUACAUUUUACUGUUAGUAAAUGAUUGUCUCUUUUUUUUUUUUCUAUGAGUCAUGUCACAAAUGUACAUGUAUUUCAUCAAAAUCAAUUCAAACUUUAAACAUCUUGGUUUACAUGCCUUUCAAUUUUUCUUGCUUGUUUAUAUUUUAUAUACAUGUAUAUAUGAUUUAUUUAUACUUCAUUAAUAACUGGAUCAAAUUAAUAUCAAAUUGGCCUAAAUGUACGCAAAAUCACAGAAAUUUCAAUGGAUAACUUGCUUUUAUGCAUUAGCAUUGUAUGAUGGCGUCUAUAUGUUUAAAUCUUAUACACAUACAUGUACCUUGGUUAUACUUAUAAUAUACCAACAAAUUUACUGUGAUUCUCACUUACAUGUAUUAUAAUGAUGAGAAUUGUAUAAGAUAUGUGUAAUAUUUGUAAUAAAAUCCUUAUGUAUCUGA